AUGAGCAUCGAGAGACUUAUGAGAAUUAUCGACCCUGCGGCCCAUGACAGGUGGUUUUCAAUUAAGAAGACGCGUUUGUAUAUCGUGAUUAUUGUCCUGGUCAUGGUAUUCUUGAACAUUAACAUCUUUUACACCCACAUAUUCUUUGAUGAAUGCUGUAAGAAGGUUUGUUGGAAUAUAUACCACGAUAGCAGGGAAAUACUGGAACUCUACGAAGAAACGCAUCAAACCGUGAUGUUGGAGUUCUACGAUGUUUACAAGUGGGUAGCUUUUGUGAUAUACUGGGCCUUACCGGUCUGCUGUCUUCCCGUUAUCAACGGUUGGUUAGUGUACGAAAUAUACUUAGCAAGGAAACGAUCGCGAGGAACUGAACAAGAGAACAGCUUGCCCAGCCAUUUCUCCGGGUCUAGUGAUGAUGGUGAAUCAGAAGGCGAAGAGGAAAGGAAAAAAGCGGAAAAAGAAGUCACCAUAAUGUUGAUCCUGGUCACGGCAUCGUAUUGUAUUUUGACAACGGGAUUUAAUUUUAUCCAGGUUGGGGUCAUUGACGUUUACGGCGCUGAGAGUGAGGCAGAUCUAAUUAAGAAUUCUUACGUGUUUUCUGUUUUCAUUCUUCUUUUCUACUUGAAUCAUGCAUCAAAUUUUUUUCUCUACUGUAUUAGUGUCCGGCCGUACCGCGAGGAAUUGAAAUGUAUGUUGAAGCCUUUCUACGAGUGCAUCACGAAGCCUUUUCGUAAAAUUCCAUGCGGCGUCUGUAGACGGAACGAUGAAGCUGAAAACGACACAGACGAAACCCCUAUUCAAAUGAGCGAAAGUAGCAGAAGUAACUAUGGGGCGUGUGAUUAGGCGAAAUAGUGAUCGACUGUCGGUAAAUCUAAAUAAGUAGUAAAUAUGAAUAUAGGUGUUGGGAAUCGUUUCAUUUAAGAAUAAUAAUAAUAAUAAUAAUUAUUAUUAUUGUUAUUAUUAUUAUUAUUAUUAUUAUUAUUAUUAUUUCUUAAAACUGCACUAUUAAAUUACCAGAAUAACAAGUAAUUAUUUAAAUAAUAAAAUCUAAAGUGAAUAAAACAAUUUUAAUUUAAAGAUUAAUUUACAAAUUUAAAAAUUGAUUAAUGCUGGUUAUAAUAGUUAUAGUCUAAGGCUUCGUUCACAUGGAAAGUCUAUUUUCUAAAAAUCUAUUAUCUAUUCGCGGUAUCUUAUGAUCACGGUCUGUGCCCUGAAUAUCCCGCGGCGUAAUUACUGGCAGCGCGAGCCAGUUACUUAUAGUAACAAAGUAUCACCAUGUUACAUAGAUUCAGAACUUCAGAACUCACAAAAAGAUGUAUGACUUAUAUGCGAACUGUUUGUAUCUUAAUAUUCUGGUCACGAAGAUUAAUUACUGAUUGGAAAGACACUUGGACUUAGAACUUUAAAUACAGUAGAGCGCGUGACUCUAUCAGACAAAUUGAUGUUUAACUUGGUUGAUGACGUACAUGUACGCAUACCAUGAAUAAACCACUAUGUCACCUAAUUUCAGUUUUUCUUUUAUUUUUCUCAUUUAUAUAUCAAUCUAUCAUUCUGCAUAUUCUUAAUAAAUAUAACCGGUUGAAAAAGUUUAAAUGCUGCGAUUUCUUCUUUUUUUUUCCCCAGUUGCGAAGCACAAUGAA